AUGGCGGUCAACAGAAUAAGAGGGGCCUUCGCGGUACCGCGAAAAGGAGAGACUUUUGAAUUGAGAGCCGGUUUAGUUUCACAAUAUGCCUGGGAACGUAAGGAGUCAAUCCAGAAGACGAUCAUGUCCAUGACUUUGGGCAAGGAUGUAUCUGCUCUCUUUCCGGAUGUCCUCAAGAACAUUGCGACUGGCGACCUGGACCAGAAGAAGCUUGUAUAUUUGUACCUCAUGAACUAUGCCAAAUCACAUCCUGACCUCUGCAUUCUCGCCGUCAAUACAUUUGUACAAGAUGCUGAAGACCCUAAUCCUUUGAUCCGCGCGUUGGCUAUAAGAACGAUGGGAUGUAUUCGGGUUGACAAGAUGGUCGACUACAUGGAGGAACCGUUGCGGAAAACCUUACGAGACGAGUCCCCAUACGUGCGAAAGACAGCUGCAAUCUGCGUCGCGAAGUUAUAUGAUCUGAAUCCGUCCAUGUGCCUGGAGAAUGGCUUCCUGGAGACGUUGCAAGAGUUGAUAGGCGAUCCGAACCCUAUGGUAGUGGCGAACUCCGUCACUGCUUUGGUUGAGAUCAACGAAGCGUCACCAGAGACCAAGGCAUUCAAGAUUACUCCGCAUACCUUGAAGAAACUGCUCAUGGCACUGAACGAGUGUACUGAAUGGGGCCGUGUGACCAUACUGACCACCCUUGCUGAUUAUCAUGCCGCGGAUGUCAAAGAAUCGGAGCACAUUUGCGAGCGAGUGUCACCACAAUUCCAACACGUCAAUCCUAGUGUUGUUUUGGCCGCAAUCAAGGUAGUCUUCCUGCACAUGCGAUAUGUCGGUCAAGAAUUGGCUCAAUCGUAUCUCAAGAAGAUGGCACCUCCGUUAGUCACUCUGGUAUCAUCACAGCCAGAGGUCCAAUACGUUGCACUACGUAACAUCGAUCUCCUGUUACAAAAACAGCCUAACAUCCUUAGCAAGGAGAUGCGAGUUUUCUUCUGCAAAUACAACGACCCGCCCUAUCUGAAACUUGCGAAGCUUGAGAUUAUGGUACGAAUAGCAAACGAUAAGAAUGUUGACCAACUACUAGCUGAACUAAAAGAAUAUGCUAUGGAGGUAGAUAUGGAUUUCGUGCGCCGCGGCGUUAAAGCCAUCGGUCAAGUGGCGAUCAAGAUCGAAAGCGCGAGCGAGAAAUGUGUCAACACAUUACUAGACCUUAUUGCCACUAAGGUCAAUUACGUUGUCCAGGAGGCUAUUGUUGUUAUCAAGGACAUCUUCAGGAAGUACCCCGGUUAUGAAGGCAUAAUACCCACGCUCUGUCAGUGCAUUGAUGAAUUGGAUGAACCCAAUGCUAGAGGCGCGUUGAUCUGGAUUGUCGGUGAAUAUGCCGAGAAAAUUAGCAAUGCCGAAGAGAUUUUAUCGGGUUUCGUUGAUGCCUUCAACGAGGAAUUCACUCAGACUCAAUUGCAAAUCCUUACUGCUGUGGUGAAACUUUUCCUAAAGAAGCCUGAACAAUCUCAGGCAUUGGUGCAAUCAGUCCUUAAAUCAGCGACAGAAAAGAAUGAUAAUCCAGACAUUCGGGAUCGAGCAUACGUAUAUUGGCGACUGCUAUCCAGUGACCCCCAAAUAGCAAAGAACAUUAUCCUCGCCGAAAAGCCUCCAAUACAGUCCACCAUUCCAUCUCUACCACAAGCUCUCCUUGACUCACUCCUUCUCGAAAUCUCAACUCUCGCCUCGGUCUACCAGAAACCACCUGAGUCCUUCUUGGGCCAAGGUCGCUUCGGCGCCGAAGCCAUGCAAAAAGCUGCCAUUGAAGAACAACGUCAAGAAGCCCGUGACAACCCUAUAGCUGCUGCGGCUGCAGCUGCUGCAGUUGCUGGGGGCUCAGUCGCGCCACAGUCCAAUAUCGAGAAUCUGCUAGAUAUUGAUUUCGACGGCGCAGCCCCGGCAAGCAUGCAAAAGGAGCCCUCAGCAGGGUCGAGUGGCUUGGAAGGUCUAGCAGGCACACCGCAGAGAGUAGAAAGUCCAGCAGUGAAUGCGCCGGCGAAUGCGAAGGCGAAUAUGGGCAACAUGGACGAUCUAAUGGGCCUAUUCAGCAAUGGAAACCAAGGACCUGCCGCGCAAAGUCAGAGUGUAGGCGGGGAUGAUCUGAUGAAUGGUUUCGAAAGCCUCAACAUGGGAGCAGGGAACCAGCCAUCACCCCCUCAGCAACAGCAGCAACAGGGAGGCAAGAAGACGAAUGAGGAUUUGCUGGGUCUGUUCUAG